AUGCCUCGUACUCUUCCCAGACGAUGGUCAGAUAUUGCCGGUACAAAGGCCUGGUCUGCGGCUAACACACUAGACCUCGACGCGCAGCCCCACCCGAGCGCGUCGCUCCGCCCGCUUCCGGCCUCCCUCGGUCGUCUCCGGGCUGCUGCUCCCCCGGCGCCCCCUGACUCCUCCUCAUUGGCCGCAACCAGCUCCUCCCACCGAGCGCUCCGCCCCGCCUCCUGCGCGUCUGCUGCGCUAACUGCAGUUCCGCGCCCCCGCUGCCUCCCCGGCGCCGCUCGGCGCGUCCGGCUCGCGGCAUGCGCCGGCUCGGCGCCUGCUCCGUCCGCCCUCCGCGCGACCAGGCCUCCGCCUCCUCCGCGAACCCGGCCCGCAGCCGGCCGCCCUCGCGCCCCACCCGCCGGCUGCUCGCUGGCCGGCUCCGAGCGCGCCGGCUCCGCCCGCUUCCCCGGGCCGGCUCCGGGCCGCCUCCCCGAGCCCGACCGCGUCCGGCCUCGCGCCGGCUCCUCGGCGUCGUCUCCGCCUGCAGCGCCGGGUCCGGCUCCUCCCGCACUGCUGCACCGUCUCCGCCUGCACUGCCGGCUCCGGCUGCUCCCGCGUAUGCUUCGCCCCGCCAACCGCGUCCGCCUCGCCUCUGCCGGUUCUGGCUCCUGCACGCGCCCGCGACCCGGCCUCCGCCGCGUGCCCGUUGGCCGGCUCACCGCUCCCGCGCGACCGAUGGCCGGGUCCCGCGUUGGCCUGCGUCGCUCGCCCAGCGGCCGGCUCCCCAGCUCCCGGCCCCGGCCAUCUCCGCCUCCUCCGCACCCGCGCGCGCCCUUCCGCCUCCCUAUGCUGCCUCCAGCUCGUCGCUCCGCCCAGGCCGGCUCCCGCGCGACGGCUCCUCGCCGUCUGGCCCCGCCCGUGCCUCGUCGGCAUCUCCUCCGCUGGCCGACCCCGCCGGCCCGCCGGCCCCCGAACCUGGCCACGCCCAGCGUCGCCGCCGGCGGCCUCCGCUCCUGCGAUGUGCCUCCGCACCCGUCGCCGGCCUCGCCCGCCCGCGCGCCGCUUCGCCCUGCUCCGCCCGCAUCAACCCGGCCGGCCGUCUCCGCCUCCGCCCGUGACCGGAUUCUCCACCCCGGCUGGCUCCGCCCCACGCCGCGCCCGGCCUCCGGCCUCCGCCCCGUGCCAACCUCCGAGCCGCAGCCGCGCCUCGGCGCCGCCCGCCGGCCCCUCUCCACCGCGCGUCGCUCCGCCUCCACCUCGACCUCGACUGCUCUCCGCAUCCGUGUCCCAGCUGGCCGGCGGUGUUGGAAUACCACUGCGCCACGCUCCUCAACUGGCUAA